UGAAGAUGCUAGUUGAGCAUCAACCAGAAGCUGCGCGGAGAGUUGUGUAGUCGCAUCAUCCACAGGCUGGAUAUCUAUGAAGUAGCUUCUAUCCUAUCCUGUUGCAAAACCCAAACGAUCUCCGUCGUUGUUUUAGCGUUACUAAGGAAAGCGGUUUUCAUUUUCGUGGUUUAUUUGUUUUAUUUCAUUUUUCAUCCACAUUGGACGCAGGCGUGUUCAUGUCAAAGUCUUUCUGACUGGUCUGAAGAAAUUAAUUUACACCCAGGAAUCUUCAAUACUUUCAUUAAAGACAGAAGAAAAAGAGAGCGACCUCCUUUCCCUGCGAUUUGGAAAUAAUGGAAAUGGACUUGACUACUGACAUUAAGACGCCUUCAUGAAGGGGACAAGAAAAACGGACCACUGUUUGUAGUAAUUUUUGUGAUCAGUGCUGAUUGCCUUGAUUUUCUCUUAAGAUUUUCUCCUUGUGGAUUCUGUCUUCUCGGCGGAUAUGCGCUUUCAUGGAAUUGCAACCCGAGAAUAUAUCAUUAUUUGAGCCUUUUUUGAGAAUACAUGGGGCUCCGCACCUAUUUUUAUUAAUAUGUAUUUACAUGCAACUGGAAACAUGGUGUUGAGAAUAACCAUGGUGGAACGUCAUUAGCACCAACCGGUUUAUUUUUUUUUUAUUGAUGUGGACCCGCGCAACGGAAUGUACUGAUUGAGACUUAUCACCGUUUUACGGAUUUUGUUACUGCUUCAAAAUGGUCGGUUCGACAUUAUUCCUGGCUAGCAGUUGUCUCCUGAUGUGAACUGCGCAGAUUUGAUGAGUAGUCCUCCGCCAGUUUUCCCGCACCCGUGCAGAAUGUAUGAAUUCUUAUUUUCUGUCAGCAGACUUUUCACAUAAACUGAAAAUAGAUGAGCUCUGAAUAGUGCACGGGACUCUGUCACAACAGUGCACACAGCGUAGGCCUAAGUGAAAUUAAUUCAGCACCAGUUGCGAGCCUUUUUAUUUUCGAUAUCAACGUGUUUUUCUCGGUAACUUUUAUGUGGGGACAUACAGAAAUAUUUGGAAUACUGUAAUAAGAUGCGCAGAUAAAAAAUAAUCAGUCGAUGAGAUGCAUGUGGUGAAAAGAAGAAAAACAUCAACAGGUACGAUACACUUGAAGGAGAUGGAAUUUAUACACAUUUUCGUGUUUUUAUUGUUUUGCUGGACUGGUGCCGACGCUCUGUUCACUAGGACAUACUAUGUGAAAGAGGAGCAGCCAGCAUACACGAAAAUAGCCAAUCUUACCCAAGAGUUCAUCGACACGAAGUUUGCCGGUGCAAAUCAGUCCGUUUCCUUUCGCAUUAUCUCUAGCUCUGAGCCGAGAUGGGUGGAAAUCGACAACAUGGGGGUUCUAAAAACCAAGCAGAAAAUCGACCGAGACGUGGUUUGCCGCCAUAACCCCAAAUGCGUUGUAACGUUGGAACUGAUGUCAAACACCAUGGCUAUAUGUGUGAUCAAAAUCGAAAUAGAGGACCUGAACGACAACGCGCCAAGAUUCCCAACAGACCACAUUGAUAUAGAAAUCUCUGAAAACGCCGACCCGGGGACAAGAUUUCCCCUAGAGGGGGCAAGUGAUCCGGAUUCGGGGAGCUAUGGAGUUCAAACCUAUAGCAUCACCCCGAAUGAGCUCUUCGGACUCGAGAUUAAGACCAGGGGGGACGGUUCUAAGUUUGCAGAGCUUGUUGUCGAGAAGCCUUUAGACCGAGAGGUUCAGUCUAGAUAUGAUUAUUCCAUUACUGCAGAGGACGGGGGAGACCCCCCAAAGUCUGGCAGGGUGAAACUAAACAUCAAAGUAAUAGACUCCAAUGACAACAACCCCGUUUUUGAUCAGGCUGUAUAUUCAGUGAAAGUGAUGGAGAACUCUCCCAUCAACACAGUUGUUAUUAAUCUUAACGCAACAGAUCCAGAUGAAGGCACAAAUGGCGAGGUUAGGUACUCAUUUAAUAGCUACGUCAGUGACAAAACAAGAGAAGCUUUUAAAAUUGACCCUAAAACGGGCGUCAUCACUGUCAAUGGGCCACUGGACUACGAAACGACGACAGUUUACGAAAUCGACGUUCAAGCCAAAGAUUUAGGCCCGAAUUCUAUACCUGCACACUGUAAAGUCAACGUAGAGGUCCUCGACGCAAACGAUAAUGUGCCAGUGAUUAACCUCCUACCAGUGAGUAGUGAGAUAGAGGAGGUGAGCGAGAACGCUGGGCCAGAGUAUGUUAUUGCUUUAGUGCGGGUUUUGGAUAAAGACUCUGGUUUGAACGGAAAAGUCAAAUGCAAGCUUCUAGGUAAUGUGCCUUUCAGACUCCAGGAGUAUGAGACCUUUUCAACCAUCCUUGUUGCUGGCAAACUGGACAGAGAGGAAAGAGACAGGUACAACCUGACAAUUCAAGCUGAGGAUAGUGGUAACCCCUCACUGAAAACAACGAAAUCAUUUGCUGUCAAAAUCAAGGAUGAAAAUGACAAUCCACCCCACUUUACCAAGCCGCAUUACCAGACCAUGGUUAUGGAGAACAACACCCCUGGUAAACAUUUAUUCACGGUGACUGCGAGAGACCCUGACAUGGGCUUAAAUGGCUCUGUAACGUACUCCAUUGUAGAAAAGAAUGUUCUGGACAUGUCCAUCUCCUCAUAUGUCCAAGUAGGUCCCACCACAGGGGAGAUUUACGCGCAGAGAUCUUUUGACCACGAAAUGACAAGGUCUUUCGAAUUCAACAUUAUGGCCAAAGACCAGGGCCAGCCAUCUCUUAGCAGUACAGCCACAGUAAAAAUCGUUGUAAUAGAUGUCAAUGACAAUAUUCCUUUCAUCACGUCUCCCCGUCUGGUGAAUGGCACCGCAGAGGUGUCUAUCCCCAGAAACGCGGGAGUUGGCUACCUGGUUACCCAGGUGAAAGCCGACGAUUACGACGAGGGGGAAAACGGUAGACUGACAUACUCCAUCACUGAGGGAGACAGGCCUUACUUUGAAAUCGACGAGAUGAACGGGGAGAUUAGGACUACGACGACUUUUUCCGACAGAACCAAGACGACCUACGAGAUCACGGUGAUGACACACGACCACGGGAAGCCGUCUCUGUCCGCGUCUGCAUACAUCGUCAUCUACGUUUCCCCGGACCUGAACGCACAGGAGUCUAUUGGAACGGUCAACCUCUCCCUGAUCUUUAUCAUCGCGCUGGGCUCCAUUGCUGCCAUCCUGUUUGUCACCAUGAUAUUUGUGGCAGUCAAAUGCAAACGGGAUAAUAAGGAGAUCCGAACAUACAACUGCAGGGUGGCGGAGUACUCCUACGGCAACCAGAAGAAGUCCAGCAAGAAGAAGAAGCUGAGCAAGAACGACAUCCGCCUGGUGCCGCGCGACGUGGAGGAGACGGACAAGAUGAACGUGGUGAGUUGCUCGUCUCUCACCUCCCCGCUCAACUACUUCGACUACCACCAGCAGACCCUGCCCUUGGGCUGCAGGCGCUCGGAGAGCACCUUCCUCAACGUGGAGAACCAGAACUCGCGCAAUGCCGCGCCCAACCACGGCUAUCACCACACCUUCACUGGCCAGGGCCCGCAGCAGCCCGACCUCAUCAUCAACGGCAUGCCACUGCCAGAGGUGAGACUUUCGCUCCGUCCUAACCAACUCCGUCCUAUAACAGCCAGGGCAGCUCUUGUGUCUGAAAAGCCCUCUUACCUGGGCCAUUUAUUUGCUCAGGCGGGGUGUGCUGGGCUGGAGCCGGAGCCGGUGCCGGCGCCGCCAGAGGUCGGCGGUGGCCGCGAGGGGACGCGGCGGGCGGGCGGCCGUGAUUGUGCAUUGUCCCCGCGCUCGCCGAGCAGUGUAAUGAGCUGUGGCGCUUGCACUCGCGCCUGGGCCUGCCCGGCCUAA